AUGUUGAAACAGCGAAAAUAUAUAACAUCCCAAGAGGCCAAAGAAAUGAAAUCAUACAACACUGUAGCCCCAAGAAUUUAUGGAAACCCAAAACUACAUAAAGAGGGAAACCCACUGAGACCAAUUAUUUCCAGCAUAGGAAGUCCAAUGAAUUCACUGUCUAAAUUUAUGGCGGAUACGCUGAAAAGUGCAUACAAUACUGACAAUAAAUACUAUGUAAAAGACACAUUCCAGUAUGCACAAGAAAUCAAUGACUUUGAAAUACCAGACGAUCAUAGACUGAUAUCCCUCGACGUUGUGAAUCUAUUCGGGAAUCUAGAAAAGAGUAAAAUUAUUGAAGUUCUUAAGCUUGAGUGGAACAAUAUAAAACAACACACCAAAAUAGAUAUGGAAUUGUUUAUGGAAGUAGUCACCUUUCUCCUUGAAAACAAUUAUUGUACGUUCCAGGGAGAAUUUUAUCGACAAGUUUUUGGAUGCGCAAUGGGGUCCAAGUUAUCCCCCAUCUUGGCACAAUAUGUUAUGGACCAUCAAUUGAACUUGACCUUACCUAAGUUACCGUAUACUGUUCUAAUAUUGAAGAAAUUUGUAGAUGACCUUUUUAUGAUAGUACCAGAAACAGAAAUCCAACUAACACUUGAUUGUUUCAACUCUCUCUGCGCAGAUAUACAGUUCACAUUAGAAACAGAAGAUACACAACAGUCAGUAACAUUCCUAGACACCAGAGCAUAUAGACAUGACAAUAAAGUAAAGUUAAAAUGGUACAGAAAGAACACUCUUUCAGAUAAGAUCAUUCAUUUCUAUUCAGACCAAAACAUAAAUGUAAAAAUCAACACAAUAAAUCAAAUGAAAAAAAGGAUAUCAAAAAUAUGUCAUAAGUCAUUCAUAGAAGAAGGAAUAAGAAAACUACAUCAUAUCCUUAGAGAAAAUGCAUACCCUAACAGCAUGUUAAAGAAACUAUUGUAUGCAAACAGUGAAACACAGACUGGACAGACAGAAGAACAAAAUAUGACAACAACUAGGACACAUUAUGCAUCGUACCCUAAUAUUACUAACUUAACAGGAAAAUUGAAAAAUGUGUUUAGAGAAGAUAAUGUCAAAAUUGCAGUUUAUAACCAAAAAACCAUAAGGUCCUUGUAUACCAAAAUAAAAGACCCUAUACCAACACCCCUACAAAGUAAUGUAGUUUACAAAAUAAAUUGUGAAAACUGCGAUAAAUGUUAUAUUGGACACACCUCACAAUGGGUAAAAAGUAGAAUGGCGCUACAUAAGUCGGAUAUAAGGAAAUAUCCAGAAAGAUGUGCUUUGGCUGCUCAUGCACAUAGUCUGGAUCAUCAUAUAGAUUUUGAAAAUGUGGAGAUAUUAAAAACAGAAAGUAAUUACCAGAAGAGAUUGAUACACGAGAUGAUAAAUAUAAACAAAGAAAAAAACACUCUAAACAAAAAGACGGAUACAAAUAAACUAAGUUCCAUAUACAGUUAUUUGUUAGAGAAGUUGGAAAUGAGUGGCUUUUAUGACGGUCCUGUAGAUGAGUAG